UGCAGUUGACAGCCUGCAGUUUGAAGUAGCUAGCUGUUUUUAGUUAUUGAAACCAAGGUCCGCUAUAUCAAUGUCCACUUAGGAAAUAAUUACAAAAACCACAGAUCCUAUAAUAUUGAAAUAGAAAAAUCCUGUCAAUAUUUUCUGCUUGUCUGCCAGCUAACGUUAGCUAUUUUGCUUACCUCGCGCUAGCUAGCGAGACCAAGGCACCAUCUUAGACCCUCGAAAUGCUGUCAAAUUCAAGUCAUGUGCCGAAGCUCUACCUGUCCAUCAUAGAUGAUGUGAUUGAGAGCAUGCGGGAGGUGUUUCUGGAUGAAGGACUGGAGGACCGUGUCCUUGAUGACCUGAGACAGCUCUGGGAGUCAAAGAUUAUGCAGUCCAAAGCAGUGGAUGGCUUGGCCCUCAUGAAGAACACCAUCAACUCAUCCAACUUUGUGCUGCAGCUCCCUCCAAACUAUGGACAGACUUUUUCAAAACCUGCAGCCUCUAUGGUGAUCCCUGCAGGUCAACACGUCCAGAGUUUCACUAACAACGGUGGGACUCUGGCCACCUUCUCUCUUCCUCCCGGGAUGACCUACCCAGUCCAGAUCCCUGCAGGUGUCACACUGCAGACGGCCUCUGGCCAGCUUUAUAAGGUCAAUGUCCCAGUGAUGGUGACCCAGACUCCAGCCGGUCAUCGCCAUCUCUCCCAGGCCCAACCCAGGCAAGGGGUACCUGUAGUGGAGUGGAGAGAUCCCAGCUCAGCUUCCCAGCAGUCAGCCACAGUGGUCCCUUCUACUGUCCUAAAGACCAUGGCCCUUCCGAAGACUGAACCUUUUUCCCCACAGCCUAUGGCUCCUCCCAGAGCGGAUCCUCAGACCACAGAGCAGAGGAGCCUGAUUCCUCCGGUCCAGCCACCUAAUGAGAAGCCUUUGCUACCCCAACCUGUGGUCCAGCCCCCAGUUCAGGAGAAUAAUCUUGUUCAGCAGCCACAGGUUCCUUCAGCUCAGGCAACCUUUUCUGGCCAGACUCCAGUGUCCUUCCAGCCCCCAGCCCAACUGCCAUCUCACCCCCCAGAGAGCCCCUUCGACAGUGGUGAUUUCAAUCUGGAUGGGAUUGAUUUUGACAGUCCACAGCCACUAGACAUGAGCCUGUCCUCCAGCUCCGCCCACAUGCCAAGCCUUCAGGUCAAGAUGGAGACGACCCUGUCUGAAGGGUCAGGGUUUAUGGGUCAGGGGUCAGAGUUUGGGGCCAGAGAGAUGGUGAAACAGGAGGAUCAUGGAGGAACGGUGGCUGAUAUGACAACCCACCUGGAGGGUCUACCUGUGGAUUCUACCAAGCUGGAGAUGGCCCUGUUGAAAGACUACAACUACAAUGAUGCUCUGGCAGACAUCAUCCAGCUGGACGGGCCUGCAGACAGCAGCUCUGAGGAGGUGGAGGAGUUGGAAGGAGGUGCGAUGGGAGAAAAUGAGUUCCUAGGAAUGAUGACUGGGGAGGCUCUCCAGGCCCUACAGGAGGUAGAUGGCAGCAGUGAUGAUGGCAUCUCCAGCUCCAGUGGUGACAGUGUAGGGAUGGAUGAAAUCACAGUGGAAGAGGUAAGAAAUGGUUAUUGAGGAAAAGAUGCAUCCUGUCCUUUUUGUUUUUCAAAAUUACU